AUGACCAUUGUCCAGAAAGUUCACGGGGCUGACGCGACGUUCGUCCCAGAAGAACCAGCACGCGCUCGCAUGGACCGCAGGCGGGAAAAAAGGAUUCGGCGACUUCUGGAAAAAAUAUCCCAACUCUUUUUCAAAAAGUUGACUACAGGGGAUACAGAAGAUGAGCUGGCAUUUCGUAAGAUGUGGAACCGCUGUAAAUCAGAAAUCCGCUUAUGGAACAUACAACAACAAGCCACCAUUCUGGACCUCGCUCGAAAAAACAAAAGCAGCUUGUUCAAAUACAUGAGGCAUCGCCGCAGAAACAAGCCAUCCGCCUCAUUCUUGAGGAACAGAAAUGCAGAACAGACGAAUGACCCAGAGAACACUGUGCGUGUCUAUACUCAGCCCCAGCGUCCUCUUGCAAUAGAUCAACCCAUUCUGCGCGUUAGGGCCCGACGAGGUCCAUCCAAGGGUCCCGAAAUAAACGUCCUCCACACUGGCGAAUCAUUUACACUUGGUGUUUCCACUAUUAGACAUUUAUUUAUGCGAAUCCUCGCGCUGGCGAGCAUACUGCCCCGCGCUGAGAGCAUAAAGAGCAGUGCUACACCCUUUUUUCACUUGUGCCUUUCAGGUGAACGACAGCCACUGACCGACAAGAACAAAACAGACCCGGGAUGGGCGGGCAAAAGCCUCGAUCCUGUGUAUCAAUCCGUGAAUCCAUACACCACAACUGUCAAGGUCGUCCGAGCGCGGUGGUUCGAUGUUACGGCUUUUCUUUUGAGGUCUGGUGAACUACUGAAAGGUAUGGACGAUCUUGCACGGUAUUUUUCGAACAACGAGGAUAAUUGCAAACAAAGCCCGCGAAAUUCACGAAGAAAUGAUCGAAAGGCUGGUAGAAAACUAGCUAGACCAGCGUCUUUUUAUCUUGCAUUUGAUUCAUUGCUUGUUAAUACUGGGUUUGAGUACGAGCACCAUUUUGACCCACAUGAUGACACGUGCUGCGGAGCUAGCUGGAAAAGAGCCCAUGGAUUAUCAGUGCCCACCGGCGGCAGUUUGGAUUUGUGGAGUUCCGAAAGUUGUGGUUGCGUUUCCGCGCUUAUGCCUCACCAGUUACCGCCGGAGAUUGAGGCAGGGAACAUUGAAUAUAAACGAAAACUGGUCAAUCCAACACCGAACCGUUUUGAACAACUUGUCACACAAAUGAAAUGGCGUCUCAAUGAAGGGGGUGGUGAGGCGAUUUAUCGUUUGGGCGUCGAUGAUGAUGGACACGUCAGUGGAUUGUCCCCGAAAGAACUUGAAAGCUCAUUGGCUACUCUUAGGCGUAUGGCCCAGCGAUUAAAUGCGGUCGUGCAGCCGUUACGUGAGCGUACUGUCAGUGUGUCGUCCCCGCCGAAUUCCUGUCAAACCAGUCUGCCGGCAUCUUACGGAUCUGAGACAAGGAAGGCCGUCGAACUGCUCGUCCGACAAUCACCCUUAGCCAAUAGUGGGCACCCUAGCCUGUGCAUUGCUGUACUGGGUGGGAUGGACGCCGGCAAAUCCACCCUGAUCGGUGUUUUGACCGACGGCGAACUGGAUAAUGCGAGAGGACGUGCUCGUUUGAACUUAUUUCGGCAUUUGCAUGAAGUUCAAACGGGUAGAACUAGCAGCCUGAGCAGUGAACUGCUAGGCUUUGAUGUCGCUGGAAAUGUAACCAACUACACCCGAACAGAUGGACUAUUGACGCGUUGCUCAGUGGAUGAGUUGGUCCGCAAUUCCUAUCAACUAGUCACGCUGUUGGACUCAGCUGGCCACUCGAAAUAUCAACGCACCACCUUGGCUGGCCUUGCUCGUGCACAGCCGGUCGGUGUCCUUCUCGUGGUUUCUGUCGUCACAGGUCUCACGGCUAUCGGACUCGAACAUGCCCAGCUGGCUUUUACUCUAGGCUUGCCCGUUGCCGUGGUCGUCUCCAAAAUUGAUCAGAUCGUUGGUGUGUCAGAGCGGAAUCGGCAAGUCGCUGCUAUAUGUCGUCAAGUGGCAAUAAAAUUCAAUCAACUUCGAUUGGAUACGAUAUCAUUAUCUGAAGAGAAACGUACAGCUAGCACUCGUCUGAAACCUAUGUUCUUUCCCGUGUCCGCUGUUUCCGGCGAAGGAAUCGACAAACUCAUUCAUUUCCUCGGUCGUCUUAGCCAAUCUACCCUUCCUGAUCCGUCACAAUACGUGUCCAUAUCCAGUGUAGCUCCCAGCGAGCAAGACAAUGAGUGUAAAUCGGAGAAGCCGAUGAAUACCAAGGAACAGUCAGCGGACUCAAACAUUAAGGAAAGCUUGUAUAUUGACUACGUCCACCAGGCGUUGAAGGACGUUUUGAAAACUGGUAGCUCACUGUUCAUGUGUUUCUGGGUCUGCGAAGUAUUUACUAGUGUCCCUGGAGUUCCAGACCCCGUGUUGUUUGGAAUCGUCCGAUCUGGUCAGCUAACCAAUGGCCACAUGGCUUGGUUAGGCCCCGAUCAGUUGGGCCAAUUCCAUCUUGUUGAAAUAAGAAGCCUACAACACAAUCGACAACCUUAUUCUGAAAUUUUCACCGGCCAAACCGCUUCAGUAGCUGUCCACUUCGCAGUCAAUACACGCAGAAGUUUGUUGUCCGGUAGUGUGCGAGGGUCCUUGUCUCCAACCGCCAAUCCGUCCGGAUCAGCUGAUGAACAGGUAUUUUAUAUGGAUAACAGUGAGAAUAUUCCGGAUAGCACCGACACGGUAUUCUCAUUUGCAAACAGUAAUCUUCUUCCGAUAACACUCCGUCGUGGUAUGGUCAUGCUAUCCAAUAGCGAAUGGUCAGGUCGCUUGUUGAACGGUUCGCUAUCUUUCAAGGACCCAAUCCCGUUCAGGAUUCCUCAUGCGGUAUACGAAAAUCCGCUGGUUGGAGUUGCGUGGACAGUUGAAAUCGACAUCGCGUACCGGCUUUCCAUCUACCCUGGUUUCAAUUCAUCCUCUGUCGUCCUACCACCGUUGCCGCUGCUUAAACAACGUGUGGUCUUAUAUGCUGGUUGUGUUGCCCAACCUGCAUUGGUUACCAUGACAGCGGAACUGGGAGCGUCGAACAGUAAGACCGUUCGUCUUCAUGUGCGCUUCACUCGCCAUCCAGAAUAUCUAGAGGUUGGUCGUCAGAUCAUUCUAACUUGGGCGGGAUGUGCCAAAGCUGUCGGGAGCGUUGUUGGAUUGGAUGAUUUAGUUCCCUGUCCGAUCAAUCCAGAUCCUUAUGUGUGCUGGCUUGAUGCACAAGCCCAACUGAGAGCAACCGGUGAGACAAACCUAAUGGAGCUCGACCAGGUAUCCACUACGGAUCCUAUUGAGUCACAUUUGUCAGAAGUGCCACAAGGAGGCGACACGAUGGAACCGGUUGAUAUUUUGCAAUUCUGUUUUGCGAGCACAGACGAGGAACCACCAAAUGUACAGGAGCCCAAACCUGUGCUAGUUAACCCACAAGAAACUGCUUCGCACAGCCAAAACUUCUGUUUGAACUACGAUACCGCUGUGACGUGUCACCUCGAAGCCGGCAGCAGUGCACUUGGCCGAACUCCGUCGACUGUUAUAAGAAAGGAAGAAUCAUGCAGCGGCACAGAUGAACCUCUCGCUGGCUCUCCAACGGUAGUUACCUCCGAUCGGGAGCAAACUUCAUUAAAAAGUCGGGGAACCAAGGAUACUCACUCGACUGGGAACUUGGAUCCGGCUGUACGACUGCCAGCUCAUCGUCGCCGGCGCCGGCGGAAAAGGAAGUGAGACAAUCUCUACCGAUCCGUCCUUUCAGUAAGACCGUGUCACCCUCCUGUCUGGUGCGUUCUCAUGUUGAUCAGUCUCGUUUUAUAGUAUAGUACUUUCACUUUCCACGCUCCUGUUGCCAAAGGACACUCAUUUACCCUUUAUUCCCUCUGCCUAACACUCCUCAGUUUCAUGUCGCCCUUGUUCAGUCACUCUCCCUCGCUCUUUUCUUCAUAAAUUGGUUUACUUCAGUGUAAUGGCAGCUCUCAUCUGGUUGAAUUCUUUCUUACUGCCUCUAUCACACAAUUCACAUUUUUACCCACCUUUUGUGCAUUCGUAGUCGACAGUAUAGUCACACUUUCAGUCCCGAACUUGUUGUCAUUCGUCUCCUCUUCCGGCUCAACUGGUUCCGAAACCCUCCGGUACCAUAUUUGUUUAUCAUUUCAUCUCGCAUCAAUGCCGCGAGCUUUUGCGGUUGUUUUGUCCUUGUUUUCUGUUCUUUUUGUGUUUUAUUUUAUUUUUUCACAAUACGUGAAGUUGUUUCACAGU